AUGACAUCCAUAAUAAAAUUUCAAGCCAUAUCUGGAGCAAUGGAUGAAUCUCCUCCUUGCUUUAUAUUGCAGGUGGAUGAAUUUCGUUUUUUGCUCGAUUGUGGUUGGGAUGAAAAAUUCGAUCAAGAAUAUAUGAAAGAAUUAAAAAAACACGUACCUCUUAUUGAUGCAGUUAUAUUAUCUCAUCCUGAUCCCCUUCACUUGGGAGCUCUGCCUUAUUUGGUAGGAAAGUGCAGUUUGAGUUGCCCCAUAUAUGCAACCAUUCCAGUCUAUAAAAUGGGACAAAUGUUCAUGUACGAUUUAUAUCAGUCUCGUUACAACAUGGAAGAAUUUGAUUUGUUCACCUUGGAUGAUGUGGAUGCAGCAUUCGAUAAAAUAAUACAACUGAAAUAUAAUCAAAGUAUUGCCAUGAAAGGUAAAGGCUAUGGAAUCACCAUAACUCCACUUCCAGCCGGUCACAUGAUUGGUGGUUCCAUUUGGAAAAUAUUUAAAGUAGGCGAAGAAGAUAUAAUAUAUGCUGUGGAUUAUAAUCACAAAAAAGAAAGGCAUUUGAAUGGUUGUGAAUUAGAAAAAAUUCAAAGGCCUUCCCUUCUCAUAACUGAUGCUUUUAAUGCAACCUAUCAACAGCAAAGAAGAAGAGUCAGAGAUGAAAAAUUAAUGACAAAUAUAUUACAAACUCUAAGAAGUAACGGAAACGUGUUAGUAACGGUUGACACAGCAGGUCGUGUUUUAGAACUUGCACACAUGUUAGAACAAUUAUGGAGAAAUAAAGAAUCCGGUUUAUUAGCUUAUUCAUUAGCAUUUUUAAACAAUGUCAGUUAUAACACGGUCGAAUUUGCAAAAUCACAAAUCGAAUGGAUGAGUGAAAAAUUAAUGAGAUCCUUCGAAGGAGCAAGAAAUAAUCCAUUUCAAUUUAAAUACGUACAAUUAUGUCAUUCUUUCAGCGAAUUAUCCAAAGUUCCAAGUCCCAAAGUCGUAUUGGCGAGCACGCCGGAUAUGGAAAGCGGUUUUUCCAGAGAACUUUUCCUACAAUGGAGUUCCAAUCCUUUGAACAGUAUUAUUUUAACAAGUCGAACAUCUCCGGGUACCUUGGCUAGAGAUUUAAUUGAAAAUGGCGGAGACAGAAUCAUAUCUAUAGAAAUAAAAAAAAGAGUCAAAUUGGAGGGUGAAGAAUUAGAAGAAUAUUUUAAAAAUGAAGAGGAAAGAAGGGAACAGGAAAGGGAAAACGUGGACGUGUCAUCAGAUUCGGACGAUGAAUUGGAAAUGAUUCAAGUUUCGAAAGGUCGCCACGAUUUUUUAGUUAAAGAUUCGAAACCUCAUUCGGGAUUUUUUAAAACGAAUAAAAAACAAAACGCCAUGUUUCCAUUUUACGAACACAAAGUUAAAUUCGACGAUUACGGGGAAAUAAUAAACCCAGAUUUUUACAAAUUGGAGGGGGAAAAAGAAAAAAUGGACGAUGUUAAAGAUGAAGCCAUGGAUGAGGAAGAAAGAGUGGAAGAUCAAGAAGUUCCGACAAAGUGCAUAAGUUACACGAAAGAAAUAAUGAUAAAAGCUCAAAUACAAUUCAUUGAUUUCGAAGGGAGAUCCGACGGAGAAUCGAUACAAAAAAUUAUAAGUCAAAUCCGACCGAGACGAUUGAUAUUGAUCAGAGGAACUGGAGAAAGUACAAAAUCUCUCGUGAACAUCGUGAGCAAAUCGACGGAUGCGAAAAUAUUUGCACCGCAAAAAAAAUCCGAAGUCGUUGAUGCCACGACGGAAACAUACAUAUACCAAAUAAGGCUCACGGAUCAAUUGAUAUCUUCCCUGUAUUUUCAAAAGGGUAAAGAAGCGGAAGUUGCAUGGUUGGACGCUCAGGUACUAACAAAAAAUCGAAGUGCGGAUGCUAGGCCUUCGGAAGAAGAAAUGGAAAUUGACGAAGAAUUAAAAGAUGAAAUUUUAACGUUGGAUUUAUUACCAGUCGAAGACAUACCCGGACACGAAACAUCUUACAUAAACGAACUUAAAUUAUCGGAUUUUAAACAGAUAUUAAAUAAGAACAACAUUAAUUGUGAAUUUUCCGGGGGUGUUUUAAGGUGUUGUCACGGUUCGGUUGCCGUGAGAAGACACGAAGCGGGACGUGUCAUACUCGAGGGAUGCCUUUCCGAAGAUUAUUACAAAGUUAAAGAAUUACUUUGUCAACAGUACGCCAUUGUUUGA